ACGUACGAACAUAUCCUUAGUGCAUAUUCCCGAAAAGACGACUCCAGUAAAAUAUGGAUGUUACAGAAAAGAAUGGAUGCAGAGGGGCUACAGCCUACUAGAUCAUUUUACCAAAAAGCUUUAAAGUUUGCAGGAAGAACAGGCAACGUAUCGCUUCAAGCCAGAAUUCUCCAUAUGAUGGGAAUAUACGGAUAUACCAUAACAAACCGUACAUAUUACUAUCUUAUAUUGGGGGCUUGUCGGAACUGGGAGCUUGAACGAGCGUUAGAUCUAUUGGUAGAGAUGGAUAAAAAGCAAAUCAGACCAAAUUUGGAUAGCUACUUAGAGAUCAUUGAUCUAGCAAUUAAAUUCAGGCAAGCAUCAGUAGCAUUUGAACUAUUACAAAAGGUGGAAAAAUUGGAGUCGUUUAAAGGCCCUCACCAAGAUACAUAUUUAAAAGUACUCAAUUGUGCUGCAGUGGAAGGGCAUUACAAUAUAGCAAAAACAAUUUGGGAAGAAGCGGUAAAGCGAUACAAUUUGAAAGCAGAUGAAGGAACAUGUCUUUACAUAAUGAACCUGGCAGGUCAGAAUAAUGAUCCAUAUUUGACAAAUGAUGUCCUACGUAAUAUAUCCGAUCAGGGCCAUCGAUUUCGCGAAUGUCAUUUUAUACCAUUAAUAGAAGCGUAUGCAUCAACAAAAGACAUUUCGGGUAUUUCAACAAUAUUCAAAUCGAUGAGAGGUGUUGGCGUAAUACCCAAUAAGUCUAUGGCGACGAUGCUUAUUCGCAAAUUUGGUAGAGACAGAACUGCUGCUCGAAAAGCGAGAAACAAUCUAAUGAAAGCAGCGAAGCGAAGCGAAUAUAUCGAUGUAGUUGUCUUUAAUUUUGUUAUACAUGCUCUUGCAUACUUUGCUGCGAAUGAGGAAGCUAUUUCAAUGUAUAACCGCAGGGAAGAAUAUGGUGUGACGCAGAAUUCAGAAACUGUAGAUGCUGUGUUGGAUGCUUGUAUUCAUUCACAUGAUGCCGAAUUAGGUGAAACCAUUUACCAACGGGCGUUAUCUGAAGGGAUAAAGCCUUCAUCUACAACUUUGAGUAAAAUGGUGGCAUUGAUGACUAUACUAGAUAAAUAUGAAGAAGCUUUCAAAUAUCUGGAACUUAUGAAGAGUCAAAAUAUGAUACCCUUGCGCGGAUGUUACUAUACGCUUAUCAAACGAUUAUCCUAUAAUAAUGAUGAACGAGCCCACACAGUAGUGGAUGACAUGCGGGCAUGUGGCUAUGAA